UUUCUCAUGGGUCAAUUGACUAUAUCAUCAACAAUUCAACACAACGGGAUCAAGUGGCGCGCGUUCGAUCUGUAGAGAAAAUAAUGCACAUGCCUGCAUAAGCGUUUGUUAUUUCGGUAUUUGGCGCUACUAUCGAACUUAUUCCAGGCCAAGGGAAUUGAACGGUCUGAUCGUCACGAUCAUACGUCGUUCAAUGAAUAUAAAUAAUGAACUGUGAAACAACUAGUUUCAAUUGUAGGAAAGUCAUAAUGAUAGAAUUAAGAAGGUGAGUGAAACUUAACCUCACAGAUUGCUGUGGCAUAAGGAUAUUACAAAGAAAUAACAAUGACGGAAAAGGAGAAGGAUGUAAAAGAGGGAGGUGAAGAUCCUCCAGCCACGGAAAGUCUUCCCCCGGAGGAAUUGACUGAGGAUGACAGACAAUUUCUCAUGGACUACAUCAAGGAAGUGGAACAGAGACUGAGCGUUAAAGAAGAAAUCCGUUCUGCUAAUCUCAAUCCAAUGAGACCACCGGACUCGUUUUUUAGUAAACUCGAUUCAAAUCUCAAAAAGAACACAACCCUCGUGAAGAAACUAAAGACAUUAAGUGGAGUUCAGGUAGAUCAGCUCCUUAAAGACAUGAGUAAUUUGAAUUUGACAAAGUAUAUAAGCGAAAUAGCCACGGCCCUAGUUGAUGCUAAACUCAAGAUGACGGAUGUUCAGCCAGCGAUAAAAGUCUGCUCAUUCCUCCAUCAGACGUAUGCGGAAUUCUCCAGUCAUUUUUUUGAGAAUUGGCAGAGGGUUCUGAGUCUUAAGGUAGGGGAUAAAAUCGCCAAUCCUAGCAAACUCAGAGUCGACCUCAGGUUUUACGCUGAAUUGGUGAAUGCUGGGAUUUUCACCCACAAACAGGGUCUCUCUCUUCUUGGCUCUGUGCUGACCGUUUUGAUAAAUAUGGACAAGGAGGAACAUAACAAUGCCAGCAUUAUACUGAGCUUUUGCCGUCAUUGCGGUGAGGAUUAUGCCGGGCUGGUACCACGACGUGUUCGGCAGCAAUCAGAUAAGCUCAAUAUUUCGGUACCAAAGAGUAAAUUGUUGGGACCGGAUAAACAGCAGAAUGUACGUGCUCUAUUACGGGAAUAUUACAACUCGCUGUGUAAACACGUGUUGAAGGAGCACAAAGAAUUACAGGCAUUUGAGAAGCAGAAUAGGAAAAUUCUCCAGACAAGGGGAGAACUCAGCUCGGAGAGGAAGGAGAAGUUUGAAACUCUUCAGCUUUCCUACGAGCGUUUGACGGCAAGUGUCCAGAAUUUUGCAGAAACUCUCGAUGAAGUAAUUCCAGAGCUGCCAAUCGACGCUGAAAUCAAAGCGGAUACUGAGGAAUCUCUAAAGAUGAUCAGCGAGGGAGAAGAGAACAAUAUGAUAGAGGACAUGUGGGGGGACGAAGAGACGAGAAGGUUCUAUGAAGUUCUCCCUGAUCUUACGGUCUUUUUACCUGGGGCUUAUCUUAAGGAAGUCGCCAAACCAGAAACGCCCAUCACUGAGGAAGCUCUCGACGAGGAAAUAACGUUCGAUGAGCUCGAGGACAUUGAUAGGGUCGAGGAGACAGAGGCUGAGGUUGAGGAGCCCCAGGUGGCCAACAUCAGUAAUAAAAUUCUGCUUGAUGCCUUUUUGACUCAUCUUCCUAAUUGUGUGAAUCGAGAGAUGAUCGAUAACGCUGCUGUUGACUUUCUCAUUAAUUUAAACACCAAGCACAAUAAGAAGAAACUCAUAAAAGCUCUCUUCGGAGUUUCCAGAAUCCGCUUGGAUUUGUUACCAUUCUACUCUCGAAUAGCUGCUAUUCUCCAUCCUGUGAUGCCAGAUGUUGGGAAUGAGCUGUGUGCAAUGCUGAAACAAGAUUUUAAAUACCAUGUGCGGAAAAAAGAUCAAAUUAACAUUGAGUCCAAAGUGAAAGUAGUUCGGUACAUUGGGGAACUCGUAAAGUUCAAGCUUUAUUCGAAAAUUGAAGCCCUCUACUGUCUUAAAGUUCUACUCCACGAUUUCACUCAUCAUCACAUUGAAAUGACGUGUAAUUUACUAGAGACCUGCGGUAGAUUUCUAUUCUGCUCCAUAGAUUCUCAUCAGAGGACAAACGUUUAUCUGGAACAAAUGAUGAGGAAAAAAGCAGUCACGGCUUUGGAUUCAAGGUACGUAACAAUUAUUGAAAAUGCGUAUUAUUUUGUUAAUCCACCGGAAUCCACUGGUGGUAUAAUGAAGAAAGAGCGUCCGCCGAUGCAUGAAUUCAUACGGAAGCUCUUGUAUCAGGAUUUGUCUAAGACAAACACAGACAAGGUUCUCAAGUGGAUGAGAAAAUUGGAUUGGGAUAAUGAUAUCAUCUCUUCAUAUGCAAUAAAGUCUCUGACAGCUGCGUACAAUGUCAAAUACCUGAACAUACGAUGUGUUGGGAGUCUUCUCGCUGGAUUAGUGGCUCACUACGAGGCCAUCGGGCCGAGUGUCGUUGAUGGUGUCCUCGAGGACAUUCGACUCUGCAUGGAGAUCAAUCUUCCUAAAUAUAACCAACGGCGCAUUGCAAUGGUGAAAUACCUCGGUGAGCUGUACAAUUACAGAAUGGUGGAGAGUGGAGAUAUAUUCAGAACUCUCUACCUCCUGAUUACUUUCGGGGUGAGCAUGGAUCAUAAUUUACCGAGUGUCCUCGACCCACCAGAUCACCUCUUUCGACUAAGGCUCGUGUGUACAUUGCUUGAGACCUGUGGCCAGUACUUCAGCGGUGGCUCCAGUAAGAAGAAACUCGACUAUUUUCUCAUAUUCUUUCAGAAUUACUACUGGUACAAGUACUCAGAUCCCAUUUGGACGACGGACAAUCCCUUUCCAAUCGGCAUUGAUUACAUGUAUCACGAUACCCUCGCUAUGCUCAGACCAAAAAUCCAACUCUUCCAAAGUUUUAAAGAAACACAAGCCGCCAUCGACGAGCUGAAAAACACACUUUAUCCAACGUUAGACACUGCUAAGAGAGACAUGGAACGAGUUGAGGGUGAUUCUGAUAUGGCCACUAUUCCAGAAACUGACGAAGAUCAGCCUGCCGUCAUUGGUGAUCUUCACUUCGAGGAAUCUGAGGAUAUCUCCGAGGCACACUCUGACGAGGAGUGGAUGGAUCCUGAGAGAGAUGAUAAUCAUGGAACUGGAGAGAAUACUCAGGGUGAGCAGAGUCUCUCUCAGGGAAUGAGUGAGGGAGUUGUUCUAGAUGCCUCGGAGUUAAAUGCUGCACUCCCUGCAGGACCCAAACGUGUCAGUUGUCCAGAGGAUGAUGACUUCCUCUCUGCUCUCGAUAAGAUUGUUUCUGAUAAUAUUCAGGAUCGAAUGAGGGACAAUGUCAAGCCCCAGCAAGUCGAUAUUUCUGUUCCCAUUCAUGUUAAGAGUACUAAGAAAACAUACGAACAGCUCCAGGAAGGUCCAUCCGACAAUUCUACGGUAGAUUUUGUUCUCAUGGUUAGGAAGGGUAACAAGCAGCAGUACAAGAGCCUUGCAGUUCCAGUUUCUUCUGAAUUAGCUAAGAAUCUACGCAAUCGAGAGCAGGAGCAGAAGGAGGAAAAAGAACGUGUAAAGAGAUUGACAUUGAAUAUUACUGAGAGACAGGAGGAAGAGGAUUAUCAAGAGACCAUUAACCAAGGAACAAGACCAGUUACAGUGAAUCUUAAUCGUGAGAGAAGGCAAAAAUACAAUCACCCCAAAGGUGCACCAGAUGCUGAUCUCAUAUUUGGCCCCAAAAAAAUUCGCUGACCAAUUACUCCAUUGAUUGUUCCGUCUGCCUUUUAUAAGAAGCACGAAAAAUUUAAUUUUCUCAUUAUCAGCCAACUUCCAUAAAUUUCCAAAUAGUCCUCAUGCAUAUUGUGUAUAUGUUAUACUUUUAGUUGAUGGCAAUGAUUGAUUUUCUCAUUAACUAGAUACAUCUUCUAAAAAUCGUCCAAUUAACACGUAUUCAUUUCCCAAACUGAAUCGUUUUCAUCUAUGAAACAUCAAUUAAUUGAAUUUCAGUAGGAUUUAUGUGUAUUCCAUUCAAUCUCCUU